AUGGAAAACCAUUCCCUCCGUCAGCGCAUGCAGCGCGUCUGCUGCGUCUUCCUCCAUGUCUGGCGGCGGCAGCAGCCCUGCAGCAGCAGCAGCAGCAGCAGCAGCAGCAGCAGCAGCAGCGGUUGUGGCAGCGGGAGCGACGGGCAGAGAGAGUUGCUGCAGCUGCUGGGCAGCGAAGCAGCAGCGGCGGUUGCAGCAGGCGAAGACCCAAUUGGAAGCAGCAGCAGCAGCAGCAGCAGCAGCAGAAGCAGCAGCAGCAACAGCAGCAGCGGCGACUCCCUCCCCUUCUCAUCCCCAACGCCAGCAACAGCAACAGCAGCAUCAGCAGCAGCCGCAGCCCCAUCGACAGCAACAUCCCACACAGCAGCAGCAUCCCCCAAAGCAGCAGCAGCAUCAUCCCCACAGCAGCAGCAGCAUAAUCCCCACAGCAGCAGCAGCAUAAUCCCCACAGCAGCAGCAGCACCAUCCCCACAGCAGCAGCAGCACCACCCCCACAGCAGCAGCAGCACCAUCCCCACAGCAGCAGCAGCAGCAUCCCCACAGCAGCAGCAGCAUCAUCCCCACAGCAGCAGCAGCACCAUCCCCACAGCAGCAUCAUCAUCCCGACAGCAGCAGCAGCAGCACCCCCACAGCAGCAGCAGAACCAUCCCCACAGCAGCAGCAUCAUCCCCACAGCAGCAGCAGCAGCACCCCCACAGCAGCAGCAGCAGCAGCAGCAGCAGCAGCGGGCUGCACCUGAGAGCAUGCAGUGCGUGGCCUGGGGGGGCACUGCAGCAGCAGUGA